GCCUGGCUCAGCCACAAAUUUAGGGAUUGCAGGUGACCCCUGACAACCUUCCUCUAGAUGGAGCCUGAUACUUGACAACCAGCUGAAAGACAAUCUCUGAUCUUAGGCCACAGCUCCCCCUCCCCCACAGUGACCUCACAAAGGUUGCUAGCUUCUCCUCAGACCCAGAGACCCUCUGCGAUGGCCCUUGUUGCCCUAGUGGGUAGCACCAUCCUGUUGUUUCUGCUGAUCUUCAGGGCACCCACAUGGGCAUGUCUCUUCUGCUUCACCACCUAUGAGGAACGCCUCCGUGUCUGCCAGAUGUUUGCGGACACCGAUGGCCCCAAUCUGGGCCAUUGUAAAGAUGCAUUCAAGGCUGCCUUUGAGGGUCUCUCAGAUGUGGAAAUCAACUAUGAUGAGAGGAGUCACCUGCAUGACGCCUUUACACAGAUGACCUUCUCCCUCCAGGAGGUGGCUGCAGCUCAGGGGUCCUUUAAGGCCGCCUUCCCCAGUGCAGCAGCAAAAAUGAAGAGUUUCAUAAAACAGCUUAAAAAAGCCCAGGCCUGCGUCCCUCCUUGUGGCGUCCAGGAGGUCACUAGGCGUUUCUACUGCUGGGGUUGCUUUUCCGCCAUCUGCGACCUCCCUCUAGACUGUCCAGUCCAGGAUGUGACGGUGAAGCGAGGGGAUCAGGCUUUGUUUUCUUGUAUCGUGGGCUUCCAGUUGCCAGAAUCGGAGAUCACUUAUUCCUGGAAAUACGCGGGAGGAGGUAUCCGUACUCAGGACGUGUCCUACUUCCGUAAUGUGCCAGGAGCCCACGGGUACCUGGCGCGGAUCCGGCCAGUGCAACCCACGCAUCGCGGGACGUUCUCCUGCGUGAUUCUGCACGACCAGCGCCCCCUGGCUCGGCUCUACUUCUAUCUGAACGUGACGGGUCCUCCUCCGCCUGGGGAGACUGAGCUCCAGGUCACGUUCCGGGAAGUGAUGCGUUGGACGCCGUGGGAGGCGGAAGUGAUCGAGCCCUGGAGGCCCAGCCUAAGCGAGCUGCUUGCCAGGCCCCGGGCUCUGACGCUUGGCAACCUGUUCCUGCUCGCCGCAGCCGCUGCACUCUUGUCUGCUAGUGCCACUGUGCUAGUGUGAUCCAAGAGUGGAAGUCCUAGCUCUCCUUGCUCGAGCUGAGAAAUCCAGGCCUCUGUCCUUAUGUCUCAUAACCUAAUAUUGGUCCCGACACCAGGCCUCCGUGCAGACUCAGGUCUAGGUUCUCCUUGCACUUUGAAACCCAAAUGUGUUUCUGUCCCUGGGCCCUCCUACAGCACACACUCCCUUUUUUUUUCCCCAGGGUGUUUUUUCGAUGGUAUGUAAGUGGCAACUAACAAGAGUGUCUGCCCUGAUUUCACAUGCGAUCUUGAAAUAAAGAAUAUAUUUCGGUUA